UUGAUUUCCUCUGUAGUAGAAGCUUGUAAUUUGGUUACCAUGAAGGAUUUGAUGAAAACCUUGUUUUCUGUGAUGAUAAUUGUAUUACUGUACUAUAUGGGAUACGGAGAAGGCCGGAGGAUUCUUAGCAUGAAAGAUUUUAUAGCUAGCGACCACACGAACGUUGAUUAUUCUCAAGCGAUGCAAAAAGCAUGGAAAGAGUUAUGCAAAGACCAAGCUUCGUCUAACGGGUCAGCGUUGGUGAUAGAGAAGAAGGAAACAUACACUUUACAACCACAACUUUUUGAAGGUCCAUGUGUAUCUUCCGACGUUCAUAUUCAGAUUGAUGGGAAAAUCAAAGCGCCAGCGAAGCCGAGAGAUUGGGAAAACUCAGAAAGACAGUGUUGGUUAUGUUUCAAGGAUAUAGUGGGUCUCGUCCUCAACGGCUCCGGUGUCCUUCUUCCCCAUGGCGAAGCAUGGUGGCCAUCUGUUCGUCACUCUAAACGACCCACUACGAUUAGUUUUGACACCUGCCAUGGCAUUGUAUAUAAUGGACUGACUCAAAUGAAUAGUCCAAAGAAUCACAUAUCAGUCGUUGGGUGCAAAAAUGUAACUUUAUCAAAUCUUAAUAUAAGCGCACCCCAUGACAGUCCAAACACCGAUGGCAUCAAUAUUUGUGAGUCACACAAUAUCCAUGUCUUAGACUCCUCUAUCCAAACUGGUGAUGACUGUGUUGCAAUUACUGGUGGGAAAGGUGGUUCUUCCGAUAUCAACAUUACUCGUGUGGCAUGUGGUCCGGGUCACGGUAUCAGUAUUGGGAGUUUGGGGAAAGAUGAGACAGACGACAUAGUCGAAAACGUGAACGUAAAAAGCUGCAGCUUUAGUGGAACUCAAAACGGGGCAAGAAUCAAGACUUGGCAUGGAGGACAAGGGUCAGCCAGAAAUAUUUUGUAUGAACAUAUCACAUUGGUGAAUGCUAGUUUCCCCAUCAUCAUCGAUCAAAAUUACACUGACAGUCGUUUAAAGGGAAAUGCAGUGAGAGUGGACAACGUAAAAUUUAGACACUUUAAAGGGACCAGCGCAAGUAAAAUUGCGAUAAAGCUAAACUGCGAAAAUUGUCAUAACAUCGUGAUGGAACACAUCAACAUCACAUCUUCAUCCCCGGAUACGAAACUCAAGGCAUACUGUAGAUUCGCCGAUGUGCGUACUUCAUUUGUCAACAUCGAUGUCAAAUGUAAUGCAUGCAAAUAUCAUCAGCCUCCAGCAUUGUCUCCUGAACAGCCUCCGGCAUUGUCUCCGGAUCAGCCUCCGGCAUUGUCUCCUGAUCAGCCUCCGGCAUUGUCUCGUCUUCCCUAAUCUAUUCUGCACGGACUUGUUUAUGGAGUAUAUAAGAACUAAGUAUACCAACCAUUGGAGGGUGCUAAUCAAUUUUUUUAUAUUAAAUGUUCAAAAAUGGUGCUUAUGUGUUGCUUAUAAUCACAAUAAGCUAUGGUGCUUACAACAUUUUUUUUUCUUUUAUUAUAUUCAUUACAUACAAUAAUAAACAACAUGUUAAACAUAUGUUAAGCAUCUCCACCGGAGGUGCUCUAACAGUAAUAGUUUGUAUUUAAGUCACAAGAUAUUAAAAUAUUAAAUCAUAAAACUUUUUUUUUUCUCUCUCUGCCUUGCUCGAGCAUCGAACAUGUCAAGCGUUGCAUCUUUAGUA